UUGAUAAGUACUAAAGUUAAUGCAGCAAAGACAUACAUCUGAAAAACCAAUCCCAGGAAACAAUGAGUGAGACUAGGUUUCGUGGAGCUGCCUCUGGAAGUUCUGACAUUGAAAUGGGUGAUGAUAUGAUUGAUUCUAGUCCUGUAAAAAAUGGAUUUGGUAGAGAUCGUGGAACCUGCAAUAUUGAGAUUGAAGUUACACAUAAUAUUUGUGAAAUCCUGAAAGAUUGUGAUAUAGAUUACAUAAUCAGAUUCAAAUUUGGCUGCGCUGGAAUAGUACACAGUGUAACAGAUGCUGACUCAUAUUCCUCAAAACAACCUGAGCCUGAGAUGCUGUAUGAAAAGACAAUCCGUGGGCUGAAGAUUUCAGUAUGGAAAGACGAUCUGACAACACACAAAGUGGAUGCUGUUGUAAAUGCUGCUAAUGAAUAUUUAGAUCAUGUUGGCGGACUUGCUAAAGCCUUAGUUGAUGUAGGUGGACAAAUUAUUGUAAGGGAGAGUAAGGACUUGAUUGAGAAAUGCGGAAAAGUGAAAACUGGUGAUGCAGUUGUAACAACUGCUGGAUAUUUGCCAUGCACAAAAAUCAUUCAUGCUGUAGGCCCUAUUUGGGGCACAGAUAAUCAAAACGAUGCCAGAAGGUUACUCGCAAAAGCCAUUCACAGCAUUUUGCAAAAGGCGUUUGAAUGUAGAAUUAAAACAUUAGCUAUUCCAGCACUGAGCUCAGGAAUAUUUGGUUUUCCUUUGGAUCUUUGUGCAAACAUUAUUGUGAAUACUAUACGGACACGGGAAGCUUAUAGUUAUCCCAAUGAAAUACAUUUAGUGAGUAAUGAUGUAAAAACAGUAAAAGCAAUGGAAAAAGCAUGUUCACAGAUUCUAGGUUACCCUGACAACUUGUCAAAGGGCAUUAGUGGCAACAAAUCUUCUUCUCCGACAUUUGUACAUGUAAUUAAACUUAACUGUCUGAAGUUAAUGUUAAAACGAGGGAAAAUUGAAGACCAGCAGACACAAGUAAUAGUGAACACAAUAUCAUCACAAGGUGACUUAACACAGGGAAUGAUUUCAUCUGCGAUACUGAAGAAAGCUGGUUCACGCCUUCAGGAUAAGAUGCAAGCUGCAUUAAAAGGAGAGAGAAAUAUAAAGGCUGGCAGUGUUAUAAAAACUGAUGCAUGCAGCCUGAAUUGCAGUACAGUGUACCAUGCAGUAUGUGUUCAGUGGACAGAUCAUUUUGCUAUAAAAGUUCUAGAGGAAGUUAUGAAAACAUGUCUAGAAUAUGCACAGAAGGACAAAUUGUCCACCAUUUCUUUUCCUGCCAUAGGAACUGGUAAACUAGAAUUUCCUAAAUCAGUAGUAGCAGAAGUCAUGAUACAGGAAGUAAUCAGCUUUGCUAAACUGAACAGGAGCUGCAAGCUUGACGUAUACUUUGUUCUUUUUCCUGAAGAUCUUGAAACAGUGAAGGCAUUUGAAAAUCAAAUGCAAAUUGCAGACACACAGCUGAAGACUAAAUCAGGUUCUGCAAAAGCUAAAUCUGAAGAUAAUAGUUAUUGCAAGAUGGAUGAAGUUGAAAGAAACAAAGCUGACAAAAGUGACAGCGUUGGCUCAGUGAUUGAGCUUUGUGGAGAAGACAAUGAAACCCUGCAAGAGGCACAGGCAUGGAUUAAAAGAACACUACUUGUUGACCAUCAUUCUUAUGUAAUCAACAAUAAUCAUAUAUUUUACCUUGGCAUGAAAGAACAUGAACAACUGCAAAACAUUGAAGCUACUUAUGGCAUUUCCCUUGUGGAGUUCUUAAGUGACACUGAAGCACACCUGGAAGUAAAGGGUCAUCCAUUUUCAGUGCACCGUGCAUUUCUUGAGAUAGAAAGAUUACUUUGUUUUGUUCAGGAAGAAUAUGCAGUAAAACACGAACGAGAGCUUUUACAGUCAUUGGUUCAAUGGAUGUAUGCAGAUCACAAGAGUAACGUAACCGAUUAUGAUUCUGAAGCUAACAUGAUUAUAGAAAAGGCAUUUCUGAAAAAAGAAAAAUCAGUGGAAGUAAAUGUCAGAGAUGUUCAGCACAUUGUACAUUUUAUAGAUGGGAAUGCAAUUAAUUCUCAGCAACAGCAUUUUCAUAUCGAAAGACAGUGUAAGUAAAAACAUUUGCUAUUUUAUUUUAAUUGGAAUGUAACAUCUAAUGUAUACUCUUGCA